ACCAUUAAUCACAUUUUUUAUAAAAACAAAUACAUAUAAACAGAAGUUGUGUUUUGUUUUAUUCACACAUAUUUAACACACAAAUCCUGCAUAUUUAGGUUGAGUUAUUCUCUCAAACAGAAAACACUCCACCACCUUGUGAUGUCUUGUCAGGAAGUGCUCUACUGUGUUUUUAAAGUCCAUACAUCUUCACUAGGAUCAUUUAAAUAAUUUCCAUCAUCAAUUUCAUAGUAUCACAAGCUAAAACAGAGCUUUUUGAGUUUGGGAUCUGUAGACAAACUAAUAAAGGAUCACUCAAACACGUGUGAAUGAAACAAAACACAACUCCAGGUAUGUUUUUGAGGAGGUAACACCAUUCUAACAUGGCUUAAAACUCACCCGUCAGUUUUGUUUAAUAUACAGCCUUUAAUUGUUGCCAUUACAAAAACAACAUUUAUUCUUCCAAAAUGUUAACUCUUCUCUCUGCACCACAUACACUUUAUGCUAUCCCAAUCUGUAAAUGCUUUGAUCAUGAUUCAAUUAUAAUUAGAUAAGACCUUACAAUUCAACGUGUAAAUAACUAAUAUUUUGUGGAUUUUGUUGAGGCUAGCUUUGAAAGACCAUUUGUACUCCUGAAAUCAUGAAUCAUUGAGCAAGAUGAGAGGAAGGAACUGUACAUUAGCCAAAUUAAGCACAAGUUAAAUAAAUAGAGCAAGAUAAUGGGUUUUGUCAUUAAUAUAAAUCAUCAAAGUGAACUUUUUGUCAGAAUUGGGUGAAGACAAAACUAGGACUGUUGUUGAAGUUGUAACCACAUCUACUUUGUAAAGCUUUUUAGAUUUUUUUUUUUUUCCACUCCUAAAUAUUGCACAUAGCAUUUAUGCACUAACUAUAAAUAUCCCAAAGUAAUUCAUUGCAACAAAGCAUCACAAUAUAUUUUAUAAAUUUUUUUUAGGUUAGGUUUUUUAGGCAUGUAGGGAACUAUAAUAUUAUGUGGUUUUCCUUAAAAUUACUGUAUGCAGAUUUUGAUUUUAAAUUCCAUAAACAUGACCUAACUGUGUCCCCAAAUACCAUGCAGACAUGUUCCAAUCAAAUGUCGCUUUUACUGCUAACAAUUGUAAUGCUGAUUUGUUCUUGAUUACAAAAGCAUUGGACUCGAUGGUCAUGUGAUUUGUGUUAUAAUUUGGUGUUUUGGUUCUCAAGACAAGUAUCCAAUCAGAAUUCAGAAUGAGCCUUAUAUGAGUAUUUCAUUUGGGUUGCCAGUUUCAAUCCUGAAAUCCAGUUGGUUUAAACCUAAACCAUGUGAUAGUGAGAAUGAGGGAAACUGUAUAUGUCUUCUCUAUGCAAGUUAAGGCAUUGGUAACCAAAGUCAGUUGAGAGUACCUUCUUUAAAACUGUAAGAGCACAGGCUACAUACAGUUCCUCUAAUUGAUGCUAACCUUGAGGGACCAGCCCUGCUCCUGAAAUCACUGGACAACAAUAUGAGAGGAAGGAACUGUACAUUAACCGAAUCAAGUAUAGGGGCACUUCACAGGACAUUUCAUCUCAGAUCCAGGCUCUUUCCUCCAUCACCAGCGUCACAAAAACAUGCUCCCGACUGCCCACCGCUCUCCCUCUGCGACCAUCGAGGAAACACGAACGGGCCCAGGGCGGUCCAGACCCAUCGGCCCAAACCAGCUCUAAAAUUCUGCUCUGAAUCGUCGCGUGUGAGAAGAUUUCCUGUGGCUCUCCCUCUGUCUGGAAGUAACCAUAUCCUCAAAGGGCUUUCGACACGCAACACUGCAAAAACGAUGGAAAGAAAGAUGAAGAAAAGAUGAAAAAACCCGCACCUGUUGCCACACGGAGCCCCCGUCCCUGGGUGGUGUAUUUGGGUUUGACUUUGGGGGAUUAAAGUCGAUUCCAGGGAGCGAAGGGUUAAGAAGAGGAAGUGUUUGUGGUGGCUUUAACAAAUGGUCUGGGGCCUCCGUGUCAUUCGUCAUUUGGAGUUUUACAUGGAUUUCCCAGUAGCAGCUGUGACACUUUGAUUGGAACAGUAAAUAAAAAGAAACAUUAUAUUACAUUAUAAAAUGUGACGUUUUGUACAGCGAAUAUUUCUCACAUAAUCCAUAUAUUUCUCUGGCCAUAAUGAAUGAAUGUUGAUGUUAUAAUAGGCUCCAACAUCAAAUAAUAUUAUUUUACAUUAUCACAUUAUAAAGUUUUUCUGUGUUACAUUUUGUAAAGUGGCUGUUAUCCAGUAAUUAUGGUUCAUUAAUUCCCACAUAAUCCAUCUAUUUCUUUGACCAUAAUGAAUGAAUAUUGCUUUAAAUAAAAUAGUACCAUUACAAUUUUUACAUCUAACAUUUUUAUGGCAAUUGUUAUCCAGUAAUUGUGGUUUCAUGAUUUCUGACUUUAUCCAUAUAUCUUUUUUCACCAUAUUGAAUACAUUGUGAUUUAAUAAUAAUAAUAUAUUUUAAGAGUUUCAAGACACUCAAAGUAGUCACACAGAUGAAAAUGCACAUGCCAUUCAGUCUACCAAUAUACCAAAUAUUUGCUCUAUUUCCAAACAUUUUUCCUCAGCUCAAUGCCAUCUGCUACUUUUACUCCCUAUUGAUGAGAAUCUGAAUUUACUAUUACUGAAUAUAUUAUUAUUAUUAUUUUUCAUUAAUUAGCAUAAAUAUGUUUUUUAACUGCUCACUUUCAAGUGAUUACAAUAUUUCUGGGACAGUGGACAAUGACAGUGUGUGUUUUCAUAAAUACAGUGUACGGCAGGAUAACGGGCCUAGACAAAAAUGAUAAGGUUCCGGAUUGUACAUUUUUAUUCUGCAAUUCUCCAUAGAACCUCUUAACCCUGUUGCUGAGAUUCCUAUACUAUAACCUUACAAAAAUAAUAAUAAUAAAUACACACAAAAAUCAUUGUAAAUAUAACAUAAAACAUUAAUAAAUUAAGCUAUAAAUUUAAAAUGUGUAUUGAGAACCAAAUUAUAGUUUUCAUUUUAUUUCAAAUUCAAAACAUUUAAGCAAUUCAGCAAACAAUUCAACCAAUAGCAGACUCUUUUGUAGUAGAAAUCCUUAUAUUGUGAAAUGCCAAUUAGUUAAGCCCUCAGAUUGAUCUUUGGACUAACUACCCGUUACAAAACAGGACUCCCUCGGUCUCUGUUCCCAAAUUGAGGUUGAAAAAUGAUCUCUGGUUAGUGAGCGGGGCCAUUUGUUCCACUGUGAGCAGCAUUACAGCCCCAUGCUUCAGCAGGAGGGAGCUUUAGGUGUUUGGGUCGCGUUGGGCUUCUCACGGCUCCAUCCGGAAUUCCUCCAGACUCGAAGUGGCUGCCGGCGUGUAAUGUGUGCCAGAUUUGCAAUGCUGUAUCCACCCCCUGACCCCAACUAUGCUCCCAGCCACGGACAGUCAACCCUCCUCGAUAUAGCAGUUUCAUUUGUGCAUGGGUGACAAUGCUCUUUGACGCACGAUAUAUUUGCUUUAUUUUUUAUUCUUCAGGCUUAAAAUGCAAGUGUGUCCCAAUUUUAUUUUAUUUUUUAUGAAAUGUUGAAAGUUGUCCAGCUGUAGGACUAUUUACAUAUUACAUAGUCAAAUAAUAUAUGGGCUAAAGUAAAGUUAAAAAUUGAGACCAUUGUUAAAGCAGUUAACAGUUCAAAACUAAAAUAUUGCAUCUUUUGAAUGGCCAAAACUCCCCAAAAGGGUGUCCAAAACAGGAAAAUGUCAUGUGAAUGAAAACAAUAAUUACAUGAAACAUUUUUGGAUCAGUGGCUGCAGUUAUAUGUGCAAAAACUAAAUAAUAUCAGUUUUUUGGAAUUAUAAGAUUACUUUAAGCAAAAUAUUUGAAUUUAAAGCAAAAUAAUCACAUCUCUUUUUGAGCACGGCCCCUCUGAUCACUCAUUUCAGACUUUGCAUUUUACUUGUCAUUUAAGUCAUCUAAAAGGUCCAGAAAUCAGAUUAUAAUCAGAUUUUGGUGUGCAUGUGAACAAGGCAGUGGCAGUGUCCAUGGCCUAUAUUACAACAUUGUAAUAUGUCAUCUGAGACCCAUAGCCCCAACACAUGUUUUUAAUUGGCUUAUACUAUAAAUCAAGUUCAUGUUGUCAAAACUUGUCAGCUCAAUAUGAUUUACAUGUCACCUGCUACCGGUCAGAUUUUUGUUUCACUGUUUAUUGAAUACACAAAAACAGCAAUUAUAAUAACGUUAACAGCAUGUUUAGAAGGGUGGCAUGGGCCAGUAAGACAACAAAUAUAUCAUGAGUUUUUCCCCCUCAUACUGAUUGUUACAAUUUUUUAUUCAGUUGUAUUUUAUCUUAUUAAAAACAAAUAAAGUAGAUUUUUAGAGCCAACAUUUAUUUCUUGCACAUAAACAAAAGCUGAGAAAUAAAAAAAUAAUAAUAAAAUCACCCAAACCUCUAAAAGUCUGAACUCUGCUCAAAGCCACAUGCUUUUCAAAAUAACUGAAUCUCAAUUAAGAAUUGAUUAACAGCACAACUCUACACAAUACACAUUCAGUUAUAUGGGCUAGUAGGUCUGUUAGGGUUAGGGUUAUACCAUACAGUUUAAAAAAUUCAAUGUUAUAAAUGUAAAAUAAUAUUCAUUGUAAAAACCAAAUAGAUGCUCCAACCUUGCAUAUUUUGCCAAUAGUGUUAAGUUUCAGUAUACUCCAACUAGGCUAUGUACUGUAAAUCCAGAAUAAAAUGUUGCUUGAUGAUUGAAGCUUGCAGUGUUUGAAAUGUGGUGUGUUUGGAAUAGUUUGUGUGACGUGUGUGUUGUUGCAGCUGAAUGCAGUGACUGGAGCAGCAUUUCAGACGGGACACCUACAAAUGUGCCACCUCUUUGUUGUUUUAAACUCAGGCCAACAAACACACAGAUCCUUGUCAUUCCAGAGGUCAUCUGUUGAGCAUUCAGCCCCACAAAACUUUCACCUCCACACACCACUUGCUUUUGUUAAAGGGAGGUAUAGGCUCGUAAAGUGAGCUUUGGACUACUUCAGAUGGGACUACUUAUGUCUGCAAUUUUAUAUAUACAUUGCAAUAGGGCAAUAUGAAAAGAUAAGGGCCUCAAUGAAGUUUCCCCUUUCUGUCUUAAUCCUCUGCUGUGCCAUGUGUUCCAGAUAAAAACAUGUUUAAUGGGAUUGAAAUAACACACAACAAAACAUACAGCAUGGCCCUAAUUUGUUUUUUUGCCCUACAACAUUUAACAUGACUUCCCGAGGAUAUUCAAAUCACUGAAGUUCUUGGUAAAUUUCCUUAUCAUUUCCAAUGGAAAUGUGUGAGUUCUUCAGAGAAACAGGAUUUACAUUUGAGGACUAGACGUCUAUAACCUUCACUAAUAUACUUCUGUCAACCUGCAAUGAGCCUUAUAUGCAAAUCAGGAAACUUCACUUCAGCAGGCACUUUCAAAUACAUAUCUGAGCACAUUUUGCUGCAGCUUGAGCUUGUGAGGGCUCCUCCCCCGCGGUUAUAAGAGUCCAGCUGACCGGUACUGACCAUUCCUCCGGAGUUCUCCCCACUCGGACUCCUCUGCACCUGGGGAGGUUUGAAGAGGGUGUUUUUGUGAUUGUACAGUUCCGCACUGAUGGAGGUUUAGCAUCAAGACUCUCUUCGUGGGACUUGAAACUUGGACUAAAGGCUGCUGUGAACUGUUACCAUGGCGUUCGCCAUUAUGCGUCCAGUGGCCACGCACUUGAUCUACUCAGACUUCACCAUGACCUCAGAGGACGAGGACAAGUGCAGCGAAAGCGACGGCAGCUCUGAGCAGAGUUUCUGUGGGUUGGAGAAGCGCCGGAGGACCGGCCGUAAACAGGACGGAGACUCUGCGGUCAUCAAACAGCGAAGCGCGGCCAACGCCAGAGAGCGCGGCCGGACCCAGAGCGUAAACACGGCCUUCACGGCUCUGCGGACUCUCAUCCCCACAGAGCCCGUGGACAGAAAACUCUCCAAAAUCGAAACGCUGCGGCUUGCGUCCAGUUACAUCUCACAUCUGGCCAACGUGCUGCUGCGUGGAGACGGCGGCGCCGACGCACAGCCGUGCCUCGGAGCGCACGAGGGAGGAAACGGACCCAAGCCUCGGACCAUCUGCACUUUCUGCCUCAGUAACCAGAGGAAAGGGAUAAAGGACGGGAAAGACUGUUUAAAAAUGCGUGGACUGGCCCCAUUGCGCGCGAGACGCUAAAAUCAUGGACAUGAACAACUGUAACUCCUCAGUCUCUCAGGGAAGUCAAAGCUGGUCUUACACAACACUAGCGCUCGUGGACACAUGCUGGAUACACUAUGGACACAAACUGAUAUUUAUACUUGACUGAAAAGUAGAUCAAAAUGCAGUGCAUUUGCUUGAGUUUUGUCUUUUUGAAAAAGUUUAAAAUAAAGAUUUAUUUUAUCAAAAUAA